AUGCAGCAAGGUCCUACAGUGCCAAUGCAAGCACAUUAUCCCUCACACUAUCAGCAAUAUCCUACUGCUCCAACAAUAUCAACAUCAUCAUCAUCAUCACUUCUUAUGCCACAAUAUUCAUCAACGAAUAGUCCUCAAUCAUUCAAUGCUACUGAUACUGCUGUAUUUGGACCCAAUGCAAUACCAUUGAAAAAUUCAAAAGUAAUAAAUAAUUCAUCAUCAGUAUCACGUUCAAAUGGUGUUGAUUUACGCCGUUUAAUUUUACUUAAUUUACCUACUGAUCUUAUUCGAGAGUAUCUCGAACUUUACAUAGAAAAUUUAUCAGGUGAAGCUGAAAUAGAACGAAUUGAAUAUUCUAAUAUUGAAGAUACAACUGCAAUGGUUACUUUUAAAACUGAACUAGAUAUGGCGGAAGUACGCCGUCGUCAUACAAUGCGACCAAAAUUAAACGAUUCUGAAAUUUCUUUAGUUGAAGUUACACCACCAGCAACUAUAAUGAUACGAAAUUUACCAUCAGAUAUAUCACGUGAUGUGCUGGAGUUAUAUUUUUCAAAUCGACGUCGUAGUAAUGGUGGACAAGUGAUUGAUGUUGCAUUUGAUGAUGAAUAUCAACAUGCACUCGUCACAUUUGCUGAUUAUAAAGAUGUACGUCGUGUUAUUAAGCAUGAACAUUCGAUACAUGGUCAUCGUCUAGAUGUCAGAAUUUAUUAUAAAUAUAUGGGUAUUGAACCAUUUAUUGAUGCAUCUAAUAUUGAUAAGCAACCAGAUCCCUUACGUUAUCGUGCAUUCGAUGAUAGUCGAUAUUUAUUUUUACUUAAAAAUCGCCCAUUACUUGAUGAACUUCGUGAACAAUUAAAAUCAUUAAAUGCUCAAGUUAGUUUACAAACAGAAGGUACUUUAGAAAUAAUAUUCAAUGGUUCACGUUCAACAGCAAAACGUCGUUUACAAUGGACAAAAGAUAUUGACAAAUUAAUUGAAAAUUUUCUAACAGAACGUCUUAUUAUUCAUAAAGUACCGUGGAAUAAUAAUAAAAUACCAGCAAUUGUUGCAGAACAACUUGCAGAUCUUUCUUUAAAAGAUAAUACACGUCUUAUGCAAUUAUCUCCUUCAGAAUAUCAACCAGAUCACAUUAUUAUAACAGCAUUAAAAGAGCAUCUUGAUCGAGCUUUAAAUGAACUUACUAAUGUGCUCUCAUUACCAAAUAUAAAUACUGAUAAUAUUAUACCUCUCAAUGAUGCUAUUUAUCGUAGUAAACCAGUGAGUACAACACGUGAUCCAAAAGUAAAUAAUCAUCGAUCAUCGUUAUUACUUGGUUCAUCACCAUCAAGACAAAGUACACAUAAUUCUGAAUUACCUUCAACACUAUCAAAAAUGACUAUUAAUGAUCAUCUUGAAAAUUUACGUUUAUAUCAACUUGAUUUACUUUCAAUGCGUUUUGUUGAUUUAGCUCGAAGAACAUAUUUAGACCUAAGAAUUGAUAUUGAUCGAACAGGCCGACGAGUUCAUUUAUGUGGUCCAUCUGAUCAAGUAGCUAUUUGUAAAAAUUAUUUUGAAUCUGUACUUAAUGGUAUGGUUCAUAAACAUUAUAAAAUAGGAAAAGAAAUGGCAGUUUUUCUAUCAAAUCCUGAUACUGUCGAAUUAAUAAUCGGAAAUUUAAUGCAUACAGAUCAUGUAUGUGCUUAUGAAAUUGAACGUUCAAAUAAUAAUCAUCGACGAAAUUCAGCAUCUCCACCACGAAGCAUCAAUAGUCUUGAUACAUCAUCAAUAACGAGUGGUCAUAAUAAACUUGUUUUAUAUGGUUUAACACGUGAAAGUUGUGACCGUGUCUAUGAUAUACUUCGUCAUGAUGUACGUGUUAGUUCAAUAAUGUUAGAUAAAGAUGAUAAACGUUGUUUAGCAAGCGAAUCAUGGCAUGCAUAUGUACGUGAUCUAUAUUCAAAUUCAGGUGGUUUUCGACGACGACGUGUACUUUUACAAGUAAAACAAAAUCAUUUAAAAUUAGUUGGUUUCAAACAAGAUGUUGAUACUAUGCGUAGACGUAUUUAUGAUUAUUUUGUUGAAAAUUCAAUUUCCUUUUAUGAAUCCGAUUGA